CACAGAAGAUCACGUGACCGCCGCUGUUUUUCCUGUUUUAGUUUACACGAGAGAAGUUUAAUAACACAAAAAGACACGAAGCGGGUUAAACAUCAGAAAUGUCUUCACUCGUGACAAUAGGACUGGUUAUGGUGUUUCACGUGCAGAUUUCUUCUUCUGUGCCGGUGAAUGGGAUUAAACACCUGCAAAGUAAAUUCUGGCAUAUCUCAGACUUGCACUUGGAUCCUACCUACCAUGUCACAGAAGACCACACCAAAGUGUGUUUUUCCUCCAAGGGCGUUCCUGCAUUGGAUCCCGGGGAGUUCGGAGAUUUCCUAUGUGAUUCCCCUUACCAACUUAUUCUUUCAGCAUUAGAUUAUAUGAAGAAAGUGGACAUACAGCCUGAGUUCAUUAUCUGGACAGGCGACAGUCCUCCACAUGUCCCCAAAGAGGAACUGUCUACUGACAUUGUCAUCAAUGUUAUUACCAACAUGACUCAAACCAUACAAAAGUUCUUCCCGAAAUUGCCGGUUUACCCUGCCCUGGGUAACCAUGACUACUGGCCACAGGAUCAGGAUCCAACAUCUGAAAAUAAGAUUUAUGAUGCUGUAACCCAACUUUGGCAGUUGUGGUUAAGUCCAGAAGCUAUACCGACUUUGCUAAAAGGUGGCUUUUACUCCCAUGUGAUCAAACCUGGUCUCCGUCUUGUGAGUCUCAACACAAACCUGUACUACAGUCCUAAUAAAGUGACGGUGAAUAUGAGCGACCCCGCCGGGCAGCUUCAAUGGCUGCAGGACACGUUGGAAUUGUCAAGGCAGAAGAUGGAGAAAGUCUAUGUUAUCGCUCACGUCCCAAUUGGUUACCUACCUUAUGCCGCAAAUACAACAGCCAUGCGAGAAAUCCACAACGAACAACUAGUGAAGAUAUUUCGCAACUACAGUGAUGUCAUCCAGGGGCAAUUCUACGGUCACACUCAUAGAGACAGCAUAAUGGUUCUGUUGGAUCAACAAGGGAAACCAGUGAACUCCAUAUUUGUCACACCUGCUGUUACACCCAUCAAAAGUGUAGCAGAGCCAUAUUCAAACAACCCUGCUGUCCGCGCCUAUCUGUACAACCCGCAGGAUUUUGGUUUGCUGGAUAUUUGGCAGUACUACUUAAAUCUCACAGAAGCCAACAUGGAAAAAAGGUCAGAGUGGAAGCUGGAAUACAUCAUGACCGAAGCGUUUGAUAUCGAUGACAUUCAGCCCCACAACUUGCAUGAACUUGCCCUUAGGUUAGCGCAGCCACAGAGCAAAGCUUUUCACGAGUAUUUUACCCACUUCAUGGUGAGUUAUGACUUGAACAUCACAUGCCAGGGUUACUGCCAGACGCUUCAGGUUUGUGCUGUUCAGUUUUUAGAUAAAGAGUCUUACUCCGAGUGUGUUGUGAAAACAAACGGACAAUCAAACUAUAUAAGUGGAGAAUUUUAAGAAGAUUUUUUUAAAUCAGGGACCUUAAAGGUGCAGUGUGUAAAUUUAGCGGCAUCUAGUGGUGAGGUCAAAUUGCAAAAAAGAAAAUGUCUCAGUCCACUGCUCAUUCCUCACUUUUUAAAAGCAUAGAGAAGCUACGGUAGCCACCACAGGACAAACACGUCACCAUCAGAGACAAUAUAGUAAGCAAAGUUUGUCUAUUUAAGUCUUCUGUAGAAACAUGGCGGCACAAAAUGGCGACUUCCCUGUGCUUAUUUUAAGGUAAUAAAAACACAAUGAUUCAUUAGAAAAGGUCUUUAUACACCACUGAAAAUAUAGUUAUGUAGAUUAUAUUGCAUUUCUGUCAAUGGAUUUUUCUAAAAGUUACACACUGCACCUUUAAUGAAGGACAACAAUAAAAGGGUAAAUCUCAGGAAAAGUGUCCAGUUUAUGUUUCACCUCAAAAUCGAAACAACCGAAUAAGCAAAUUUGCAAUAUUAAGUAAUGUUGUAACAGUUACGCAAGUUUCCCCUCCAAAUUUUAAUUUACUGUAAUGCGUCUCUAUUUGCUCACAGAAAUUUGUACACAUUUUACGAUAAAAAUAUACAAAAAUGUAUGAUUAUAAUUUAAAAAACAUUAAUGAAACCCAACCACUAACCUCAACAUCACAGGGGUGAAAGCAAAUCAUACAAAAAGGUACAAAUGUGGUCGUUCGAAUUAAUACGAUUUAUAAUACGUCCUUACUGCCAUGAGACUGGGCUGGUUGUUUCUACAGAAACAGUAUUUUAUUUACUGUAUAUUAUUUACAGUAAAUUGCAAAUGCAAUAAUUUAAAAAAAAGUUUUAAUCAGGAUAAAUAUUUUUUAUUUUUGGUAUUAUUUUAUUAUUAUGCUUUUAUUCUCUGUGGAGGUUUGGGGUUGAAAUAUGACAGUACAUGACAAGUUUUGAUAUAUUCAUUGAUAAAAUACUAAUUCAAAGGCACUUUAAAAAUCAAAUAACUUUCAAAUGAUUGUAAUACAUUUUUAUAUACUGUUUACAGUAAGUGCUGUGUUGAUUCUGCACUUGAUUUAAAUAAUUUUUGAUAAAUAAGUAAAUGUUAGAAUAAAGAAUUAAAUAUUAGAUUAUUUGUUUAUCGUUCAAGAUUUUGUAAGCCUGCUGCUGAAAAUAAAAACCAAUUUUUUUUUACUAAUCCUUGAUUUAACUGAACAAGUUAACUGCUACUGACAGUUAACUGUUAU